AUGCUGCUGAAACUGUUUGCCGCUGUGGCAGCGCAUGUUGCAGCUGCUUCCGAUGCCUCACUGGAGGAUGCCGCGCUGUCUCUCAUACAGGGGCAUGCGAGGAAGAUCGUCAAGACCAAGGGUUCGAAGCUUGCCACACAGCUUUCAGCGACGGAUGCCUUGGCGGACUUUGAAGGUGGAGCAGGAUUGUCCUUGAUACAAGGCAACCAGUGUCGACUCAAUGUUGAUGAGCACUGCGCAGCACCAGCUGGCGCUCGAAGAGUAAAGAAGGCCGUCGAUCCUGCUAUGUCUGCAGCGGUAGCUGAUGGUAUUGAGGACGGUGUGGCUGCUCUAUCGCUCUUUCAAGUGACCCGCGGAUCGUGGCGGAAGGGCGACGAAUGCCACGGGUCGGUCAGAGACGUCGUGGCAGAUGAAGCGACGACAGACCAGGCGGCGGACUCUGCAGCGACAUCCCUCAUCCAGCAAGAACGGAGCAAGAUCAAAGUCCGAAGAGCCGAUCAGUUGGUGCCCUCGUACCGCAUCGCGUUGGUCUGUUUAGCCGUUGCCUGCCUCUGCCGCCGUUUAGCCCGACAUAGCGUGCUCCCCUUGACCAACCAGGCUUUGGAAGCCGGCUGUAGGAUGUCUUGGGUGCGCGGCAAGUCGGGCCAUGGGCCAACGACCUUGCUCACUUCAAGGAGUGUCAGUGUUCCUGCCGAACUUUGGAGUGAAGAUGACGCCUGCUCCAGCCCAGAGAGAGGCUGCGUGCGUACGCUGAGUGCCGUCGCUCUGGAGACGAUGGCACCAGUGCAACUGGAGGUUCUUCCUGCGCGGGCCAAGAAGUGGGCCGUGAAGCGCCGCUUUUGGAGUGGGCUCUUGCUGACUAUUGCGGUGCUCUUGGGCCUCGAACGCCGUCUGGGCGGACAGGUUAUGCAGGCAAACACAGAAGAGGCAAAAACGGACGAGAAUGAUGUGAGCAGGUCAUUUCUGAAGGGUGGAUCAGUCUACCAGAACGCGUACAUGACCCUCUGGAAUGCGAACCAGGUCGCCAUUUCCGCUACCCUUCGAAUGCAGGACUCAGAGCAUUUCGAGCUGCGCAUCGACAACUUGGACUCCAAAGGUGGUGGCAAUCUCGGCUGGUUUGCUGUGACCGGAUCAUUCCGGUUGGAGUCAGUGGGCGCUGGCAAGCUCAAAAUACUGCCCGCCAAAACGGCUGCGGGAAAGAGUGAUAUGGUGUUCAGCUUCGACGAAAGCCUUCACGAUGGAGCCGCUUUGUUUUUGUACCGGUGCUUGAAACGCCUUGGUGGUCCUGGUAUCCUGAAUUUCCUGCAGCUGGAGGUGGACACUGAAAAGGAUUCUGUGUUCGUUGCUCCAACUGCACGUCUGCUUCGUGCUCUCUGGGACCAGCCCGUGGUCCUGAGGCUCACCUCCGAGGACGGGAAGCUUUCUGAUUAA